CGGGUAGUGGCGGCUAAUGUAGCCGCUAGCUAACGUUUCAAUGUGAACCUACCAGCGACAGAGAUGAUGAGCGGGGCUCAGAGGUCAGACCACCUCACUAGGAAGAGAGCGGGAAGCAGCUCAAGAGACUGACCCCGAGUCAGUGACCACAGCAACACAAAUCCAGACAGCAUAAUCCUCAACUUUGGAGAACUGACAGCCCCGACUCACCGCCAGAUCAGCAAACUUCAUGUGGCUGUCAUUAUACAGGUGCCUGACGAAGAGAUGAACAUAGACACUAUCAGGGUCAACACAGGUAGAGCACUCAGUAACUCCGCAGGCCACACUUAGCUGGUCUCCUCUGGGAAACUAACACACAUGACGGCUCCCUGUGGUCAACCCCUAUAAACACAUGAGAGGGAAGGAACACAGACAAACCAUGAAAAAGAUAUACAUUGGCAAAACCGCCUUAAAAGUCCCCCGAAAUGGCGGCAAACAUCCGAAAAAGAGCUCGUUGCUGGAGCAGAAGGAGGACUUACGGAAGAGGCUUUCCUACACUACACACAAGCUGGAGCUGCUGCAGAGCGAGUUCGACUCCACUCGGCAGUACCUGGAGACAGAGCUGCGCCGAGCUCAGGAGGAGCUGGACAAGUUCACUGAUAAACUGCGCAGAAUACAAAGCAGCUACUCGGCACUGCAGAGGAUCAACCAAGAUCUGGAGGAGAAGAUUCACAGAAAUUCUCAGCACCAUGACGAUGAGAAAAGAGCGCUGAGCAGAGAGAUCAUCGUGCUCAACAACCACCUGAUGGAGGCAAAACUCACCAUUGAGAAGCUGCAAGAAGACAAUGACAUGUACAGGAAGGACUGUAACCUGGCUGCUCAGCUUCUCCAGUGCAACAAGUCUCUUUACAGGGCGCAGCUCUCUGAGCUGCCUGCUGAUUUUCAGGAGCGACUGACCAUGCACAUGGAGGAGUCUCCUCUCUGUCACACCUACUCCGACUCUGUCCCGACCUCUCUCAUUGGCAAAGUGCUCGAGAAGCCGGACGAGGCCUGCAGCAGCAGCCAGGCCUCUCGCUCCCCCAGCCCCCAAACCCAGGACCAUGCUUUUAUUUUGGAGAGCCUGGGACCAGGAGGCCGGCUGGGGCUCCGCGCGCUCUACAAAUCUGACUUGUACAGUAGCGACACGGCCCUGUACUGCCCUGAUGACCGGCACCGCGAGCGGAGGCCCAGCAUGGACCUCCACGGUCAGAGGAAGCUGCUAUACGGGCCCCAAAACUCCACCGACAGCAACCCAGAGGAGGGCUCGGUGGGGUUGAGAGCCGGCUUCUCGCAGGAGCACUUUCCUAAGUUCCCCGCUACGCUGGGCGCUGGCUCCAGCUCCUACUCCAGCUUCAGUGGAGGGGGGUCUGAAGACAAAGGCAACGGCCCGCCCAGCAGUGCAGCCUCCUCCCCGCACCACCAUUCCCUCUACAUGGAGUGGAGAGAUGCAGGGGACUACGAGAGAAAGAGUGACUCAUCGUGGGAGAGAGACAGUCCGAGAGGCUUCGCCAACGCUCAUCCCUUCCAGCAGACGGAGCUGAGCCACCACCAGAACAGCAGCUCGCCUGUCUACAGCCGCACUAUGUCCUCCUGUUUCAGCGAGCCCUAUGAGCCGCUCCCUCCCUCUUCAUCCCCAAGUGUUGCCUAUGGAGACAGCCGUCGAGGAAGCACGUUAGCCCCCGAGGAGGAGGAGCUGAUCGGCCGAUGGAGACAACUCAGUGUUGAGGACUUAAGUGCCCACACCUAUCGCAGCCCGGGCCGAGCCUCCCCUUACAGCUUCUCGGAGCAGCACUUCUCCGUACGGCCCGCUAAGAUCCGACUCGGCCCACUCUACAGCAGCUUCCAGGAGGGUGCUGACUAUUACCACCAAGAAGUGGGCGUCAUGGACCCCGUGUGGGUAGCCGCAAGCCCCAGCCCCGAGUGCAGCCCAGGGCCGCGGCAGGCUCACAGCCAAGCCCACCUGUACCGAACCGAGGACAGCCAGGAGUCGGAGCACAGCCUCUACCACUCAGGGAGCUCCAAAGACAGGGAAGGGAACGUGGCGGCCGGCGGCCAGACUACGGAUUACGUCGACCCCAGCCCCAACAGCUCCACCGAGUCUCUGAACCAGAGGACCCUGGAGAUGGCCGCAGAGCUGCAGCACUACCAGGUGGAAAUGCACAGCCUGCCCGCGCAGCCGAGCCAGUCGCCUCCACCGGUCCCACCCCCCCCUCCUCCGUACAACCAAAAAUUCGGUUCUUUGGGACUUUCCAGGAAGGACAGUCUGACCAAGGCGCAGCUUUAUGGAACGCUUCUGAACUGAAGGAAUCAGGUUUAUUCUCUGACAGGACGUCAGGCGCUGAUAUGUCCCGCUACGCCUUCUGUUAGCACGAUCAUUUUAAUAGAAAAUGGUCUAAACAGCAGCCAGGGGCCGAAUAAUUCAGAAUCAUGUAACUAUUGCUGAUUAUUUAAAAGCUUUGAUUGUAUGGCAACAGUUUACACUCCUGAGCGAGUUAGUAAGCACGUGAAUGAGUUGGAUUUAGAGGAAUCAGAGGAGAGGAGCUCUAGUGGCCAUUAAAAUUUGUAAGAAUGUGUAUGUAUUUAAAUUACAAAUGUAUAAAUAUAUACUUAUAACUGAAAAUGGAGUGAUAUAUUUUGUAUGUAGCUGUAAGCAAGAAUUGUUCCAAAAUAGUCAAACAAAAUGCUAAUCUUAUUGAUAAACCUGGAACCUGUACAUAAAUUAAAAACUGCCAAUCCUAUAUUCGAAAACUCAGAGAGGUAUUUUAACUGAGAGUUGACGCCUGUUGUAACUGCACCAAGAUUCAGUCAUUAUUUUUAAUGAACUGAAGCAGCGGUGUUGGCGUUGUGAGGAUUUAAAUGUGAAUGUUGGAACACGACAAAAACAAAUUAAUCACUUCAAUGAACAAUGAGAAACAUGCAUUUAGUUUUUUCUUCCGUUGAUUGAUUUUGACAGUAUCGGUGGGUGUGUUAUCUUGUUAUUGAUGGAACGUUUUGAGAUCUGUCUUAGCAGUCAGUAUUAUUUUUUAUUUCUGCUCUUCUAUAUCCCACGGAGAGGUUUUCCUGCCCCCAUUCUACCUCAAAUUUGGAUGCCCACACCCCAUCAAGCCACUGUAACCCUGUUUCUUUGACGACGAUGCAUGUUUAUAUAUUUUGGUUGUUUUGUUCGCCUAAUA